GCUUAGCCCAGGAGAUCAGAAAUAAAAAUCGCAUUGAGGUCAGAUCCAUCCAAGGAAGCCUAAAAAGAAAGCUCCAAGAUGCCAAGGAUGAAGCGGACAACAAGUACAGGGAGCUUCAAAGAACAAAAGAGGACAUUGUCAAGGAAGUCAGAAAACAUGGUGGUCCUUGUCUCACACUGGAGGAUGUUGAUUCCCUGCUUUUGGAGGGUGGCAAGUCUGCCUUAAAAGCAGAGAUUAAGUACCAGAAGAUGGUCCUCAACCAGAAAAGCAAGUUCCUGAGAGUGACAGGCAGCGCAGCAGAUCUUAAAGAAAAUCUACGCAACUUCUUCCACCAAAAAGAAAAAUCAGAUGCAGCCAUUUCAACCAAUGCUGAGCAAAAACAGUUUACGUAUCUUGAUAGUGAUGAAGAAGACCUGAUGCUUGCCAGUCCAGUUCCAUUGGCACCAUCCCAUCAGUCGCCGUCCUCAGAGAAUGAGCCUAAAAGUGAAACUGAAAACAGUGACACUGAAGAUGAUUUCG